AUGACGAGUCGAUUGGCGGAAGAUGAGCUCACUACAAUGGAGCCAGCGUUUCAUGGAGACGAUGAAUGGGUACGCAGACAUGUAGAGGAACGAGAUGGUGAGCGUACACGGCGGAAUAGUCGUUAUGGCGGCUCGAAUUGUAUGGAAACUGUGCGCUUUCAUCGGGCCGAGUUCACCAGACAGAUUCAGGAGUUUCUAGAUGCAGACGUGAGCGACGGCUUUGUUAUUAGCCUUAAGCGCCGCAGAGAGUUUGCACUGCAUUUGUGCGCGGACUACAAGAUGUUUACAGAAGCGCAAAAGUUGGAGCUAGUGCUGGCACUGGCGGUCGAUCUGGGGAUACGAGAUCUAGCUGUAAUGAUGAAGACAUUGCCCUCUAUCAAGCGGUCUGGUUUGGUGCUGAACGUGACGGCGGCAGCGCUUGGUUUUAGUCGCAAGAACGAUCCAAACAUCUCGAAGAGCAUCAAGCGCGGGCUUGUGCCACUUGCAGAGCAAUUUUUCCUACUGGUCGGCACUCUUCAGCCUGGACCAUUAUUUUUGCUCAAUUUGAGAGUGGAUUUGGGUAUAUUGAUCAAGCGUUAUCGAGAGAAACUACCAAAGUCCAGCGUGGAGGCGCUUGAGCUUUUAGAUUUGAUCAUGCGUGACCUAUUUGCUACACAAGGCAGCAUGCGUUUCCGCCGUAUUGACUUGUCAUCUGAGGAGAUAGCUGUGUUUGUGCUGAAGAACGAGCGUGUGCAUCAACUUCGAGGCUGGAACGAUCUGCGGCGCAGACUUGUCGGACAGCAACGCUACUGCUUUGGACUUUUUCACAUACACAUGCCGCAUGCCCCGCUGGUGUUUGUGCAGGUAGUUGCGACGGACCACUUGUGCAGCAAUAUCACUCCGAUUUUAGAGCAAGAGACACCGGUGGUAAAGAACCCGUCGCACAUAAUUUUCUAUUCUGUUUCGACGUCCAAUACUGGACUUCGGGGACUAAACAUUGCGAGCCACUUGCUGUUUCUAACAAUCCAACGUAUGGGCAGUAUGUAUCCGCGGUGCACUAUGGCGGCCACGUUGUCCCCAGUACCAGGUUUUGCUCGAUGGUUUAAAGCUGCGCUCGCUGAUGGCGAUCAACAGUCUCAGGCUCCCUUGGACGGCAAAAAUAGUCUGAAAACAAAGCAACACAAGAAUCCAAAACUACAGCGCUUGGAAUCUCAUCAGCAAAGUUUCUUCACGACAGAGCAGGCGCAGCGUCUUACCACGAAAUAUGGUAUGAAUCAGCUUGGGCUGCACAAAUGGCUUCUGAAAAAAUUAAGCGAUUCGGAGUGGCACAAGGAAGCCGAGCUAGUGGAGAAUAUUCGUGACAUUGUGACAUCGGCUUGUGCGCGUUAUAUUCUCUUUGAACGAAAGAAGGACAAGAUUUUGGAUCCCGUGGCAAACUUUCAUCUCCAAAACGGCGCCCAGGUCGAGCAGAUUAACUUUAUGGCAGACACCACUCCGUCAGCGUUGACAACGGCGCUAGGCAUGAUGAUUAAUUAUCGCUACUGCAUGACGUCGAUUGACGUAACCUCGUUAUCGUACAAGCGUAAAUCACUAGCUGCUGUAUCCCCUGCUGCUGCUCGGCUUGUUUGGUUCGCGGACAGCGUUAUAUUGGACGAAAUCGAGCGUUUGAAGAAUAGCCGCAAUACGCCAUUGUUCGCCAAGGUUUUUCGUGCUGGUGAAGUAAUUAGUGCACGCGGAUCGCUACCCACGGCUAUCUACUUUAUUGCGUCCGGGAGAGUGCGCGUAUAUUCGGCGCAUCCAUACAUACUGUGCGAGGGCCAUACCUUUGGGGAACGCGAAUCACUGAACGAUGAACCUAUAGCAUUUACGAUUCGUGCGGAGACAGCAACGCAUUUGCUGUUACUCCCGUACUACGACGUGAAGGCAAUUCAGAUCGAGUCAAGCGCGCUGCGUGACUACGUCGGUAAUGACCCGCGGGUAUGGCAGCAACAUCUUUCCAUGUCAUGUCAUGGAAGUAAACUCUAG